GAACGUGACAGUUGUGCGCAGGCGCAGUGCCCCCUGCUGCUGUGUUGAUAACUCGUCUCUGCUGUUCUCUCGUCGCUAACCGGAGUAAAAUGUGAUUCCACGCGGGUUAGUGGACGAGCCACGUGUCGGCGGGAUUCUUCCUGGAGCUGAGAAUCCGGUCUCAACUGAACCAUGCUGAAGUGGUUUUCUGCUGAAGAGGGAGAACCUGGGUCUGGAGGCCCGGGUUCUCCCCUCAGAGCUGCUGGCGCUGGAGAGCUUGCUGUGGAGGAGGCGGCCGAGCGGCUGACCCAGACGGAGCUGCUCGUCACUCAGCUGAAGGAGAUGAUCCGAGAAAAGGAUUCAACGCUUCGCACCAAAGACGAGCAGAUGAAGGUGGAGAAGGAGGCUUGUGAUGCCAAACUGUCGAAGCUGCGUCUCCAGAACAAGGCCAAGGUGACGUCCCUCACGACACAGCUGGAGGAGCUGAGGAGGCAACAGGGAGGUCAGCUCACGCCAACACACGGCAAGAAGGGAUCAUCAGAAGCAGGAGAGCAAGCCAGUCGGGGAAAGAUUGUCUUACUCAAGAAGAAAGUGGAGGAACUUGAACAGCAACUUGCACAAAGAAACAAUGAACUGGAAAACAAGCGGAAGGAGGUGGAGUCCCAGCGGCAGCGAGGCGAGGAAAUGGACACGAUGCUGACGGAGAAGGAGCGGAAGCUGGUGGAGAAGGAGAACUACAUUGUCCACCUGCAAACAGCACUGGCAGGAGAUCAGCCCGUCACACCUCCACCACAACAGGUGGUGGAGGACGGUGGAGCAAUGCAGGAGCUCCAGCUGCUGGUGCAGGGUCUGACCAGGAAGGUGGGAGAAUCAGAGGAGCGCUACAGCCUCCUGCAGGAGCAGUCGGAGAGCCUGAAGGAGCUGCUGGUCACAGAGAAGGAGCAGUACGCGCAGAAGGAGAACAUGUACAAACAGAAUAUCCAGACAUUCAAAGACAUCCUCAUUCAGAAAGACAACCAGCUGGUGGAGAUCAACCAGAUGCACGAACAGGAGCUCUUCAAGCUCGCAGCCAAGUCUGAUGCCAGCGCCGACCUGGAGCAGCUUCUGAAGGCCCUCAAACAGAAGCUCCAUGAGAAGGAGGAGGUGCUGCUGGGUAAAACGCAGGUCAUUGAUGUUCUCCAGGGAGAAGUGGAUGGGAGAGACCAACAGAUAAAGGAGCUGACUGAAAAGCUCCGCCGGCUCCAGGUUGAACGAGAGAGCUUGGCCUCCAAGAUGGAGGCAGAGAAGCACGUGAUGCGAGCACAGCUUCGCGACCUGAUGGAGAAACAGCAGGCAGAGGUGCAGCGACUGACCGAGCAGCAUCGCUCACUGGUGGACCAGGCCCAGCAGGACUUCCUGGAGCAGCUGGAGGAGCUGAGGAGAACCUCGGUAGCACCUGCCAGCCAGGAGGCCUCGGGGUCGGGAAGCAUGACUGCUGAUUCAGCCUCCAUCCAAAGAAUAGCUGAGCUAGAAGCACAAGCAAAGCAGAAGACUGAUGAAGCCAGCAGAUCAGACGCCAAGUUCCUGAAGAUGAAAGCUUGGUCGAAGUCUCGGAUCCGACAGUUGGAGGAGGAGCUGAAGAAAAGCCAAGCUGGAGGCGCCCCCCCGGAUCUGACGGCCCUGCGGAGUCACGUCACGGCUCUGGAGGAGGAGAGGGAGGAAAACCUCUGGAAGGUGGAGCAGUACGAGGAGCUCAAGACAAAGAAUGAAAUGCUGGAGGCCAAGCUGGUGGUGUACGAGGAGCAGCAGAGGAGUCUACAGGCCGACCUGGAGCAGUUCACUAAGAGGGCCACCUCUCAGGCCAGCGAGUCAGGAAGUGCUGAUGACUCUCAGAGCCAGGUCUUGGAAUGGCAGGAGAUGGUCACGGAGGCGGUCAGUGCCAGGGACCGGGCCAAGGAGGAGAAGGUGGCCAUGGCUCUCCGCAUCAGCCACAUGGAGGAGGAGAGAGAGGCACUGGCCUCUCGGCAGCAGGAGUUGGAGGAGGAGCUGGCUCAAUCCCGGGGGCUCGGCCAACACAGGCCCAAGAAGCUAACGGCCCCGGCCCAGCGCAGCCUGCAGGAGGACUUUGAGUUUGACGGACAGGUCCAGUUCCAGGACCCUCGCGGCGCCUCGGAGAGCACCGCCCCGAUGGAGGGGGAGAACAUGGGAGAUGGUUUGCGGUCUGUGGUGGAGGAGCUGGAGCUGGAGAGGAACCAGCUGCAGGAGCAGAUCCUGAGUCUGGAGGAGCGCUGUCAGGAUCUGGAGGAUCGACAGCAGCUGCAGUCGCGUAUGGAGGCGUUUCAGGUGACGUUUGAUGUAGAUGAAGAUGAGCAGCCAUGUUGGGUCCCUCAGAACGAGUCCGAGAAACUUCAGAGUCAACUCGCCAGCAUCCGAAGUCAACAGAGCAGAGACGCAGAGAAACACCAGCUGCUGGUCGCCAGUCUCACCGAGCAGCUCAAAGGACUGAGUAACACACAGGAGUGUCUGGAGAGUUCUCUGAUCGAGAAGGAAAACACUUUGGCUAAAACGUCGGAGAAACUUGAGCUGAUCGGCAGCCUCAGAGAAUCUCUGAGCGAGAAAGAGCUUCAGUUCAAAGACGUGUCUGACCGGCUCCUCCAGACCGAGCACACUCUCGACAACGUCUCCAUGAAAUGCAGCAGCUCGGAGAAACACUGUUCGGAGUUAAAGACCGAAGUUUGUGACCUCACGCAGAAGUUUACUGUUCUGAAGGAGAAGACACAAAAGCAGGAAGUCACCAUAGAAGCUUUACAGACGGAGCUGGAUCAGACCAACGAGGAGCUGGACAAACUGAACUCCGCCCACCUGGAGGAACGAGCCCAACUCAUUCACGAUCUUCAGACCUGUGAGCGGGAAAUUGACAGUCUCAGAGAAGUCGUGUCAGAAAAGGACAAAGAGAUUUCAAGCCUCUCUGCCAACAUGGUGGAGUACACGGAACAGAUCACGGUUCUGAAGCAGGAGAUCAAACUCAAAGAAGAGAACCUGGUUCAGGUAGAAGCGGCGCUGAGGCGAGCGGAGCAGCAGGCCAUGAUCAUCAGAGACUCACAGGAUUCAGACCAGCAGUCUCUGAACAGCAGGAUCACAGAGGCGGUGGAGAGACUCAAGGACACGGAGACAGAAUUAGUCAAAGCCAAAGAGGAGAGAGAGUCCAAAGAGGCGGAGGUGGAACAACUGUUAAAGCAGCUUGAAGACGACAAGAAAACUAUUCAGGAGCUUCGAGUGGAGAUUCAGAAACAGACUGUGAGCCAUCGUCAUCAUCUCUCUGAAUGUGAGACACACAUCACCUCGCUGAAGGAGCAGCUGAGGUCAUCCACAGAGAAGCUGCAGGAGUCAGAGGGACUGGUUUCACAGCUCCAAGACAAAAACAUCAGCAAUGAGGAAUUACAGCAGCAGCUUCAUGACAAGGAAGAGACGUAUGAAAAGGAGCUGAAGUCCUUCAAGGAAGAGCACAACAAGCUCCUGGCACAGGUGGAGAAAUACAAGAAUGAGCUCCAGACAUUGUCCAAACAGUUGGAGGAGCAGGUGCAGAGCGAAGCACAGAUCAGAGAGGAGAUGAGAGAGAAAGUGGAAACAAUAGAAACAUUGGAAAAGCAGCUAAAGACGACCGGUAAACAAACUUCAGAGAAACAAAAGUUGAGCAAUGAGCUAAAAAACAAAAAUGAAAACAUCUCCAAACUCAAGAACCUGUUGAAAAGCACGAAGGCGGAGAAGCAGCAGCUGACUGAAGAGCUGGAGCUUCAGAGGCGGAGCGUCAAAGAGCUCAAUGAUACGGUGACGACAGCAAUGGAACUCAACAGCGGCCUGGAGAAUCAAGUGCGCUGUUUCGCAAACGAAAAAUACACACUUGAAGAGGAAGUGAGCGAAAGUUUGGAAAACAUUUCACACGUCACAGCUGAAAAGGAUUCUUUACAAGCUCAAAUAUCUGAGCUGGAGACACAGUGUUCACAGAUUGACAGAGUUGUUGAGGGGCUACAAAGAGAUAAAGAGGAACUGACUCUUCAAGUUAACGAGUUAAACGGAGUCCUUGAGCAAAGCACAAACUCAAACUCAGAGAUGCUGCUGGAGAAAACCAACAAAUGUAGUCUCCUCAGCCAGCAGCUCAGGGAGCGGGAGGAGAAAGUGACCGAGCUGCAGGAACAUGUGCAAACCUUGAGUUCGGAGGUCGAGCAGCUCCGGUGUGACGUGGCUGAGAAGGAGAAAACCUCUGCUGAGCUUCACGCACAGUUAAAGGCCGAACAAGACCAGCGAUCACAAACUGAGGAGACUCUGGGUCAGCUGCGAGGACGGGAGAGCAGCCUGAGGUCUGAGUUAACGGAGAAGGUCGCCGUGUUGAAAGAGAAGCAGGACGAGUGUCGAGGUCUUCAGGAUGAAAUCACAGCUCAGAAGAACAUGGUGUCCGAGCUGCAGGAGGAGCACUCACAGCUCCGACUGCAAGUUCAGACCAGAGAUGAAAUGUUGGACAAUGCGACACAACAAUGUCAGAAUCACAAAGACAAACUGAACGUAAUGAACGAGACUGUCAAGACUCAGAGUGAUCAGAUCCGUGUCAUGGAAGAGAACGCCAGGAAGCUCCAGAAUGAGGCCGAGGUGAAGCAGACGGAGAUGACUCGCUUAGACGAGCUCAUCCAGGCUCUCACAGAGGACAACCACCAACUGGGAGCUGCUGCUGAGUCCAGAGAGAAGGAGCUUGCUCUUCAAACAUCUGAUCUUGACUCGCAGCUUCAAACGACCCUGGAACAUAACUCCAGUCUGAGCAUGAAGAUCAGCAAACUAACAGAAGAUAAUCAGAGACUACAGGACGAGUUGGAUCAGAACAGCAGAUCCGUGUCUGAGCUGACCACCGAGAUGAGUUUACUUCGAGAAAAAAAUGCUGGGCUAGAACUCCACAUCUCAGACAACGAGAAGAGAGUCAGCAGCUUGUUGACGGAGAAGAAGGAGCUGAGCGCUGCCCUGGAUGAAUUAAAGAAUAUCCUCAAGGAGAGUGAGCUCUCCAAUUCAGCAGGUUUGCUUGAGAAAACAAGUGAAAGUGCAAAUCUGUCAAAAACCCUGAGAGAGAGAGAAGAACAACUUCAAAGUUUACAGGAGGAAGUUGACAGCUUAAAAUUGCAAGAGUCACAACUCAAUAUGUCUUUGAGUGAGAAAGAACAGACGUUAACAGAGCGGAGGGUUCAGUCGGAGGCUCAUCAGGAUCAACUGCUGCAGCUUCACGACACCGUGUCUGCGCUUCAGGAACAAGCGUCUGUCUUGAAGUCCGGGUUGAUGGAGAAAGACGCAUCGAUUCAGCAGAAAGCAGAGGAAUGUAGCGUUUAUCAGAAGGAACUCGUGCUACAGAAAGAUCUUGUAUCACAGCUGCAGGCUGAGGUCGAAUCCACUAAACGGACGAUAGAGCAAAAAGAACAGACGUUAAGCAAAGUGUCAAAGGAGUUUCAGAACCACAAGGAUGAGCUGAACAAGAGGAACGAGUCGGUGAUGUCACUCAGCGCUCAGCUCGGUGCCAUGAAUGAGAACGCCGCAGAGAUGGAAGCUGAAAUCAACAACCUGAAGGCGGAGGUGCAGAAACUCCAAGCAGAGAACUGUCAGCUGACACAAGAGGCCGGCCAGAGCAGAGCAGAGAUCAUCGAUUUUAAAGACAGCUUCCAGGCUCAGAAUGAGCAGAAUACCAGAUUAAAAUCUGAACUUCUGAACACGGUGACAGUUCUGUCCAAAGCACAGGAAGAGGUCGCAAAUCUCCAAAAAUCUGUCAGCGGUAUGGAACAGGAGCUCAAGACGGCGCUCUCCGAGCAGGAGACGCUUCAUCUGAGCGUGAAGGGAAAAGACGACCGGCUGAAACAAGAGGAGAGUUUGAUCCAGCAGCUCAACGCUAGAAUCACUGAGCAGGAGCAGCGGCUGAAGCAAACCACAGAAGACAAAGUGAGUUUAUGUGCAAAAGUGUCCGAGCUGGAAGAUUCUGCCAGGAAGCUCAGAGGUCACGUUGACAGCCUCACUGCAGAGUCGUCCAUCCUGAAGAACACGCUGGAGAAUAAGGAACAGUCGAGCCUUGAAUAUCAGAGUCAUUCUUCAGCCGCUGUCGAAAAUCUUAAUUCAACUCUACAAGCCCGAGAGGCAGAAGCUGAGAGGUUGAAGGAACAGACUUCACACCUGGAAGAAUCCGUCUCAAGGCUCAGCAGCACCCUCCAAGCACAGCUGGCUGAAUCUGAAAACCUGAAGAAGGCCCUGGUGGAAAGAGAAGCCGCUCUUUUGAACCAAUCAAAGUCUCUUCAGGACGUCCAGAGACAAGCAGACGAGUCCUUGCUCUUUAAAACACAGUUCAUGGAAAGCACUGAGCUGGUGUCGCAGCUACAGAGUCAAAUUCAGCUCCUGUCCACAGAGUAUGAAAACCUCCGAACGCCUGCAGAGGAAACGCAAAGUGCCUUCAAGAACCUACAAGAGAAAUAUGCAGCCAACUUGGAGGAACUGCAAGACGUGAGACUGCAACUGUCCCAUCGAGCUGAUGAGGUGUCCAACCUUCAGAAGUUACUGGAGGAUUCCAAUAACGGACAUCAGGGGGCGAAGAUCACCAUCGAAACACUGAGACACGAGUUUUCAGAUAUGAAACACAAACUCAAGAAAACCAAAGACCUGAACUCAAGUCUCUCAAAGGAAAAGGAAGAAGCUUUCUCUUCUCACCAAGCUAGUGUGUCUCUGCUGACUGUGGAAAUAGAAAGGCUCAAAUCCCAACACCUUCAGGUCGCUGCACAAAUGAAUGCGCUGACAGAAAACCUGGAGCAGAGGGAACUGGCUCUGCAUGCGAUCAACAGCCAGUACACAGCUCAGGCUAAACAUGCUUCUCAGCUGGUUUCAGAAAUACAAAAACUAGAGGAGCAGAAUAAGAGGCUGAGCGAGGAAAUGAGUUUGUCGACGGCAGAGCGUCAGAAGCAUCUUGACACCGUCUGUAAGGAGAGUUCACGUUUGCAGGAGGAAGUUAGGAAGCUCCUCGCGGUGAAGGAAGAGCUGGAAACCAGUCACCAUCAGAUCCGGACAUCGCACGAGGAGCUGCAGCUUCAGAUGCAGCAGCAGUCCAGCAGCAUGAAGGAGAACAUGGAGCAAAUGGUGUCGGAGAGGGAGAUCCUUCAAGCCAAGGUUAGUGCCAAAGACGAAGAACUUUCUCAGUUAACAGAAAACAUUCAAAAGAUAGAGCAAAUUCUGCAGGAUUCAGAGAAAGAGUGGCUGUUAGUUCUGGAUAAAGAAAAGCAGGAUAGGAAUCGACUUGCAGAACAAUUGAAAAGUGUUGAAAAUGAAAAGAAAUCUGAAGAUGUUAAAGUGAACGCGUUGAAACAAGACUUGGACAGUUUGCAGGAGAAGCUAGCGGAGGCUUCCUCUUCAGUUAGACAAGGGUCGGAUCAACUGAGCGCCAAAGAGUCCGAGGCCUCAGCCUCCAGGAUUCAACUGGAGAAGGUGUUAGCAUCUUUUCAGGAAAAGGAUAGAGAGAACCAUGAUUUGCAGCAGAAUCUAAAUACUGUGGAAAUUGAGUUAGAAAAACUUCUCCAAAGAAAAUUACGCUCUGACAAAGAUUCAACCUCCUCUGAGAAAGCAGCUGCUCUGAAUAAAAAACAAGGCUCUUUACAGGACAUGAUAAAACAGUUAGAGGACAGACAUCAGUCCGAGGUAGAGGCUCUAAGAAAUGAGUUGGAUAAAACGCUUGAUGAAGGAGGGAGGAGUGAGGAGGAGAAGAGUCAACAAGUUUCUCUUCUACGAGACGACGUGGAGCGUUUGAGGACGCAGCUCAGCGCUGAGUCAGAGAACCUGAGAGAAGCUGCUGACAAACUCUCGUCUUUACACAGUGCGGUACAAGCUAAAGAUGAGCAGAUUAACAGUCUGGGCUUUCAGAUCAAUCAGCAGAAGGAAUUACUCGCUGGACUAAGUCAGCAGAUGAGAGAUAAAGAUGCAUCCAUCGCUCAAGUCAUGGAAUCUGCCUCCAACGAAAGAGUGAAACUGUGUGAGGAGAAAACCUCCCUAAUGGCCCAAGUGGAAAACAAGCAGCGAGCACAUGACAUGUCCACGAGAAGGUGUGAAGAGUUAGAAGUUAAACUUCAGCAGUUAGAAGAUACGAUCUCUCGCUCUCAAUGUGAAAUCAACUCCACGAAUUCAGAGAAGCUCGAGCUGCUUCGGGAAAACAACGAUCUGAAAGGGGAACUCGCCAAGUUGUCCAAAGAAAAAGACGGCGUGAAGAAGAAGCUUCAAGCUGCUCUCGUCGUGAGAAAGGAUCUGAUGAGAAAACUCCAGGAGUUUGAAAAGCAGAAAGAAGAGAGUGUGAACUCUGAGAAGGAGGUUUCGCUUUUCCAGGAUAAACUGCAGGAAACAACACAUCAAGCUCAGGCAACAGCCAAAAUGUAUCAGGAACAAGUUUCUCUUCUUGAACACACAAUUCUACAGAGAGAGGGAGAGAUUGAAGAACACAAAACACAGAGCGAGAGACUUCUCCAACAGUUAGAGUCAGAAAAACUAAAUCUGCAGAGCACGUUGAAUCAGAAAGAAAUGUGUUUGUUAGAAAAGCUGCAAACACUCAGUGACCAAACCUCCGUCAUCGAGCAGCUGCAGUCCAACGCUGCAGAGACUGAAAAAGCUUCUGAGCGAGACAGAAACGUUCUGAUCCAGAAAGUAGAGCAGCUUCAAGAUGAAAUCAGGACAUGUAAGAAUGAGUUAAAGGAGAAAUCCUCCUCUGCUGCUGCGGAGUUAGAAAAUGAGCUCACACAGGUGAAGUCCGAAAAGGCCGUUCUACAGAAGAAAGCCCAGGCUGCUCUGCUCGCACGCAAAGAGACGCUGAAGAAAGCUCAAGAGAAUGAAAAGAAAUUAACUCAAGAACUGGCUGAGCUGAAAGACGACUACAAGGCUCUGCUGGAGCAGCGCUGUCAGCAGACCAACGAGCUGAACGCCAUCCAGCUCAACUUUGACGAGAAGGUCAGGGAGCUGGAGAACCUCCAUCGAACCUCUUUGUCAUAUCAGGAUGAACUGGGCACUUUGAGGCAGCUGGUCGAGGAGCGGGACAAAACUCUUCAAGAUCUGAAGAUGUCUCUGGCUGAGAAAGAGAGACAGUGUCAUUCUCUGUCACUCGUUCAGUCAGAGCUGGAAACAGUUAAAUCCCAAGCUGAGAAGAUGUCACUGGAGAUGGCAACUAAAGAGGAAGUUAUCUUAGUCAUGGAGCAAAGAACCGAAGCUUUGAAGUCACAACUUCAUCUCGCCGAGAACGACCUGGAGAGAGUACGAGAAGAAGUACGAGAGAAAACGGAAGAAAUUGAGAAUUAUAAGCAAACAAUCAGGGUCGUUGAGGAAGUGGCCCAACAGGAGAAGCAGGUGAACAUCUCUUACCAACACAUGAGCGCAAAUGAAGAAAAGUUUAAAAUCCUAGAGGAAGAAAAGGCGGCUGCUUUAGAGCAGAUGAAAGUGGAACUUGAGACAGCUCUUGCUUCAGUUUCACAGAAAUCCCUUGAAGUGUUAACCAUCCAAAAGACACUAACUGAAACUCAGCAGCAGCUCAUUGAGGACAAACUUGUUUUGACAGAGGAGCUUGAAGAAGCACAUCUGCAUUGUACCGAGACAGACAGGGUUCUGGAUUUGCUCAAGCAAGAAAAAGAAAAUGCUUUUCAAUCGGUCCGUGAUCUCAGAGGUGAAGUGACGGCGCUUACCGAGCAGCUGAAGGAGAGAGAGACGCUGAACGAGCAGCUCCGUCAAGAGACGCCUGAGAAGUUUGAAGUGAGACUGAAGGAGAGAGACGAAGCUUUAUUGGUCUCUCAGGCUCGAGUAGCAGAAAAGGACGAGCUAAUUGCUGCACUUGAACAGCAGCUACAGCAGCGAUUAAACAUGCACGAAACUGCCAUUGAAAGAAUGAGAGUCGAGGCUAAUGAGCUUCAGAAAUCUCAAGAAGACGGCGACAAAGCAAACAGCAAAAUCACUCUCCUAACCAGGAAGCUACAAGCUGCUUUACUUUCCAGAAAAGAACUCUUGAAGGAAACUACAACACUCAAGGAAGAAGCAGAAAAGCUUUCAGCCAGACACGAAGCCAAGUCCGAUGAAUGUUCUGUCCUGGAAUCAGCGGUUGUCAAGUUGAAACAACAGAACACAGAUCUGGAAACCUCGGUGUCGUCACUGAACGAGGAGAAAGACGAGCUCAACUCCAGAAUCGAUAGAAUCCUUGAUGAUAACCGCAGUCUGUCAGCGGCUUGUGACAGCUUGAAACUCACCAUAGAAAACAUCACUCAGCAGAAACAAGCCUUCUCAUGUCAGCUGGAAUCUCUGAAGGACUCUCAAACUGACGAGCUGUCCAAGUGGAAGUCCAGGCACGCUGAGCUGAAGCAGGAGUAUGAAUCUCUUUUGGAGGCUUAUGAAAAUGUUAGCAGUGAAAUGGACAAAAUGAGACAGCUUUUGGAAGGGGCCAAACGAGACAGACAGGAAGCCGUCCGCAAAGCACACAGCCAGGAGACAGAGAUGGAGAAGAUACAGAAGCAAGCCCGAGACAUGGAGGAAGAAAAUGAAAGUAUUAAAGAGAGGAUGAGAAAAUCUUCCAAAGAGAAACUGCAGAGGAUUAAGGACCUGGAGGAAGAGAAUCAGAAAAUCAAACUAGAGUUGACUGAGCACGAAGGAAAGCAGAAGACAUUGAUGUGCGAGCUGACUGAUAGAAAUACCGAGCUGGAGGCUGAGAUGCGUCGACUUAAAGAGACUUCAGAGGAUCUCAGAGAGAAACUUACACAGAUACAGGCUGAGAAAAGCCAACUGGAGGAGAAGCUGGAAGACGCAAGCAGCUCCUUGGAAAAUAGGCACACGGAAUCAAACGCGUACACAAACAACAUGCAGCUGAAACUUGAUGAAGCACUCGGACUGAAUAAUUCUCUGACUGCUCAGAUCGAGGCUCAGAAAACGGAGCUCGGCGCUCAGUUGGAAAUCAACAACUUGUUACAGAAGGAGAAGAAAAGUCUGUCUGAAAGAAUUGAAGAGGUACAGAACGAUCACGAGCUGCAGCUGGGACAGAAAGACGACGUCAUCAAAGAGCUGAAGGACGAUAUCUACCGUCGCAGCCAAGAGACGAUAAGUCUGAACGAGAAGGUGAGAAUCCUGGAGGACGACAAGUCUCUGCUGCAGGAGGAGCUCGAAAAUGUUCAAGAGAUUUCAGACAAAGUGAAAAAUGAAAAUGAGUAUUUGGAGACUGUGAUCCUGAAGAACUCUGAAAGGAUUGACGAGCAGACAGAGUCCGUCUGCGCUUUGCAAACCCAGAACACACAGCUGGCGUCUCAGCUGGCGGCCAUUAAGGAGAGGAGCGAUCAGGUUCGACAAGAGAAAGAAGAGGAGCAACUCAAGUUGGUCCGAGGGUUUGAGGAGAAACUCAAGACGGAGCAGAGAGGCAACCAGGGCUCCAAGAACGUGAGGAACGAACUACGAGAGCUGCUCAAAGAAAAGCACCAGGAGAUAAAUCAACUGCAGCAAAACUGUAUCCGAUACCAGGAACUGAUUUUAGAAUUAGAGAGCUCUUUGAAGAGCUCGCAGUCGGCCUGUGACCUCCUGGAGAAAGAAGUGAAGAAAGGCUCAGAGAAAGUCUCGGCUCUGGAGGAGAGAAGUCAAGAAGUCGAAGCUGCGCUGAUAACAAACAGAAAUCUCCUCCAGGAGGCAGCAGAGAAGAUUCAGAGUGUCCAGUCUGAGAAAGAACAGCUGCUUCUGGAAAUGUCCCAGCAAAGUAAAAAGUCUGAAGAGAAAAGAAAUUUGCCACAAGUUAUGGACGAGAGGCAAAUAAACGCAUAUAUGCAGAAUCAGUUUGUGUUGCAGCAACAGAUCGAUGAACUCAAAGAGUUGAAAGAUGAAGAAAGUGUAAAAGUGAAUGAACUGAGACAACAUGUGGACGCUCAGAACCUUCAGAUGAACACUCUGAAGAGAGCAGCUGAGACGAAUGAAGCCAAACUCUCAGCUUUAUCUUCCACUGCUCAAGGGGCGUAUGCGACCAAGCGCUGGAGCGAAAUGUUCCAGAAGACUCUGAACGAGAAGGACAACCAGCUGCUGGAACAGGGCUUUGUGAUCAAACGCUUCCUGGAGGACAUGAGAGUGAAAGACAAAGAGGUGAAUGAGCUACGAGUUACCAAGUCCAGACUGGAGAGGACUCUGAACGAGUACUCGGUCGCUGCUGCUGCACAACAGAGGCAGCUGUUUGUAAUGAGCGCCAGCAACGCUGAGCUGAGCGAGUCCGCAGAGCUCAUGACUGUGCAGCUGAAGGAACUCAGCGCUCAGGUGGAAAGAACAGAACGCGAUAAAAACGGGCUGAACCGGCGGCUCGUGGACAAAGAGGACGUGAUUUCCAGAGUGCAGCUAAAUCUCCAGCAGGUGGAGAAGUUAAACACCGACUUGGAUGCUCAGCUGCUCCUCCUACAAACUCAAAAUGACAAACUUCGCGCUAACUUUGAGAAACAGGAGGGAAUUUCUCUGCAACUGAAAACGCUGCUUCAGGGCAAAGAUGCCGAGAUCUCGUCUCUGUUGUCCUCUCGAGACGGACAGAUGUCGGGGUAUCUGGAGCAGCUCCAGGCUAACUACCGCUCGCAGGUCGCAGUUUACGAGGACAGGUUAACGUCUUCUCGCUACCAAAGGGAAAAGGCUGAUAAAGGGUUAAGAGGACUUGAAACUAAAGUCAAAAGUCUGCAGAUUAAAGCUAACAAGUCUGUCCAGGAAAAGGAGCAGAUGGCAGCAAAGAUGGAAUCAUUCAAGAACUCGAUGGUGUCUUUACAAAGUGAGCGGGAGCGACUCAUGUCAGAAUACAGAAUCCUGGAGGCUAAGAGUGAGUUGGGGUUGAAGGGCAAAGACGGCUCUGCUGACGGGGAAGGUGGUGCAGCCAAAGGCCUCAAACAUGAAAUCAGGAAGUUGCUUCAUCAGAUGGAUGAUCUCAACUCUGAGAAUGCGAUGCUCAGGGCUCAGCUGGUCCGGUACAGGGAGGAUUUGAAUCAAGUGUUGUCUCUGAAGGACAACCAGUUGAAGGUGCUGCUGAAGAAGCAACAGGAAGUGAUUAAAAACCUCGAGAACCAGAAGGCUGCAGUGGACAAGCAGCACAGAAAGUCUCGGUUGGAUCUGCAGAAGGAGGAAGAGGUGAGCGAUUCGUUGAAAGAGGAGAUUUCUAAACUUAUAUCUCAAGUUUCAAGACAGGAGAUGGAAAUAUCCACUCAGAAAAUUGAAAGAGCAUCGACAGAUGUGGGCAAAGUGAUUUCUGAUUUGCAGGAGGCUGUGGCAGCCAAAGCGUCCGAGUGUAACGACCUCCAGCAAAAACUCUUCUCUCAGAAAACCUUAAAUGAUGAACUCAAUGCAAACAUGCGGCUGGUCGAAAAUGAGACGGACAAGAAACUGGCUGAAGCUGAAGAUAAAUACAACUCAGAGCUGGACACCUUCGAGCGGGAGGUGGAGCUGAUGAGGAAUGAGCACGAGACCGCUGAGCAACGGGUGGCAGAACUCGCCAAAGACCUUCUCCAAGUGGAGCAGCAGUUAUCAGAGGCCAAAACUCAAAGUAAAGAUCUGACGGCUCAGAACGAGUCUCUGUGCAAAGCCAUGGCUGCUCUACAGAACGACCGAGAUCAGCUCAUCGAAGACUUCAAGGUCCUGAGGAACCGAUAUGACGAAGAACUCCGAGAGACUCAGGCAGCGUUGACCAAGGUGGAGCGCAGCUUGCAGGACGCCACCUCGGACCUGGCCAUGUUUGCGAAAGAGCGGGACAUCCUCAUUCAUAAAGUCAACGCUCUGGACAGCAAAGACACAGACGCAGAGCUGAACAAGCUGUUGGACGAGCUGACGAAGGCCCUGUCGGAGAAGGAGAGGGACCUGAAGCAGGUCUCCAUGGAGAACAACAGCUACAGCAGGCAGCUGUCGGCCUUCUCCAGAUCAAUGGCCAGCCUCCAGAACGACCGCGACCGCUUGAUGGACGAGUUGGCCGGGACCAAACGAGUGGUUGAGUCCCGACAGGGUUCGAGCCCAGAGACAACCUCCUCCACCGCGAGUGUGGAGAAGUCUGAAGGAGGUGGCGUCAGUUUCCUCCAGAGUGAGAGAGACGGCCGGGAGACGAACGAGCUUCAACAAACUCACCGGACGACACAGGAAGGAGUCAGCAGCUCUCGGGAGGAAGCAGCCAAUCUGAGGACUGAAAGACAGAGGAAGGACUCCCCUCCAGUCAAACAGGAGGCGGUUGCUCUGUCCGGUCGCAGUGUGACGGAGGAGGCGGUGAGUCGGUUGGAGGCCGAGAGGCUUCAGCUCCACAGUAACCUGCAGCGCUGCGUGUACGAGAUCCAACAGCGAGACCAGUAUGUCCAGCAGCGAGACCAGUACGUCCAGCAGCUCAGCACCAAGCUGCAACAGGCCGUCGAGGAGAAAGGUGCAGUCGCAGCUCAGCUGAUGUCCAUGUCCCAAACGCUGAGGGACACACAGAACCGCUGCCACUGGCUGGAAGGACAAGGACAAGCUCAGGGGUCAGUGUAUGCUGAGGUUGCACCAGGAGCUCCACAGGAGAGAAGUAACGACUCCACGUUUCUUGAACCUGAAGAAGCCCGAGAGAGGCUGCUCGAGCUGGAGCAGAUCCUGGUAGAUGAAAGAAGCCGGAGAGAAACAGCUGAGGAGUCUCUGCGUCUCGCCUACGACCGAGCAAAGAGUUUGGACACUCAGAGAGAUUUCAGUAUCGAGAUGGAGACGGAGGACGAGUGGGAGGCGCUGAGUCUCGACCCCACCCAGCCUCUGAUCACACGACAGGUGAAAGGCGGCGUGGCGGCGUGUCGACGAUGGCUCAGGGGGCGGAGCCUCUACUUCUCCAAGCUGCUGACGAGCCGCGCCCGCUCUCGACACCUCUUCCUCUUCUACCUUCUCACGAUACACGUGCUGGUCCUCAUGUGCCUCACUGGAGCCCUCUAGUGACGCGAUGCUGGAACCAGUUUAAAGCUUAAGUCUGUAUUUAAGUCUGAAAAGCUGCAGAUGGAGAUUUUCUCCACGUUCUCGUUCAGUCGCAUCUUUUCCUGGUUCACGUUCACGAGCGUUACUUUGAUCUGGAUUCAGUUCUUACUUCUCACCGAUUGUUUUAGUUGUUUUUUUAUCGAAGGCUUGAAACGUGAGUUAUUGAUGAGAAUCAGAACUGGUUUGAUUUGUUUAGAUUCAUUUAAAUUGAUUUUCUAGAUAUUUUCUAUUGGGAACUGAAGCCUUAAGACACUACACGCCUCUUCUUUCUUCAUCAUAGCGUUCUCCUCCUUCAUCUCCUUCUCCUCCAUCCCCUCCUUUCCUUUCUCCUCCUCCUUCUCUAUCACCUUCUUCUUCUUCUUCUUCUUCCUCCUCUCCUCCUCCUACCCUAUAAUCUCCUCCUUCUUCUUCUGCUUCUCAUCCCCACCUUUCUCUUCUCCUCCUCCUACUCUAUCUUCUUUUUCUUCUUCUUCUUCUUUUUCUCCUUCUCCAUUCCCUCCUUUCUCUUCCUUCUUCUCCUCCUCCUACCCCAUCCCCUCGUUCUUCCUUCUAACAGGCAGGUGGAUUCCUUCAUUAUUAAUCUUCUUGUUGUUAUUGUUUUUGUGGUCUGUUGCCUGGGACGUGGUCAGAGAUCUAUCUUCUGUGGAUGAUCAGAAGAUACCUGAGCUUGAGGGCGAUGAUGUAACUUUAUGAGAAGAUGAAGCUGUAAACACUUCCUGUUCAAACAUGAUGUCUUGAAAUCCGUUUCCUGUCCAGCUCCAUGUUCUCGACCUGAGAACAAACAUCACAUCCUGCUUCUCAGACACGAUGCUGAGUUUAAACUAUGCACUGAAAACACUCAUGUAAUUAUCUCAUGCGAGCUCAGCAGCGCCCUCCCUCUGUCACCCUGAUACCUUUAAACUGUUGUGUGUGUGUGUGUGUGUGUGUCCUCACACUUGUUAAAGUUAUUGAGCGACAGCUAAAAUAUCAAAUUCUCCUCCACUGUCACAUUAUGCUGAUGAAAGUUCACUGUAAAAAACUAGACAUGAGGUUUGUAUUUAAUUGAUUCCCUGUAUUUAUGUGGAUGCUGUACAGUCCCUGUAUCUAUGUACAGUCUAUAAAUGCAUUUCUAUCCAUGAUGUAUAUUUGUUAUUGAGCGUUUUCAACUAACGAGCCAGAAAAAGAAAGAAUGUCUGUUGUUUUAAAGACGAGUGAAACAGAAUGAGACGUGUGACAGGUUUCUUUCUGGCUGGUUAAUUGAGGAGUUGAUUGGUUGAUGGUUUGCGUCGCUCCGUUGUUAUGAUUGUACAUAAAGACGAUUGAUGGAAGAUACAUGAACUGAAUCUAUUUAUGAAAAAGGUAAACUACUGAAAAAGGCUUAUUUUCUCUUGCCUGUAUUUUUCGGAGCGUCUGAUGACAUGAGGCUUCACUCAGUGUAAUACUGUGUCUCACUACCAUCGCAAAGAACUUUAAUAAAGCUUGUUCCACUUUUCCCCA